UUCACCGAAAGAUAUCAUUUCAACUCAUGCUGUUCCCAAUCAUAUUGAAUGUUUCAGGAAAUGUCAUCAACAGAAGCUAUGUGUUGGUUUCAAUUUCUUAUUUGAUGCAAAAGAACAUGAGAUAAACUGCCAAAUUACUAACAUGAUAACAGACAGCAAUUUAACGAAAGUUGCCUCAGAAGGAAAAUGGACUUUUUAUCAAACUCAACUACCGACGGUAAAAGACUGUGCAGAUCUUUACAAGAAAGGUGAAAAAAAGAAUGGAGUUUAUGAAAUUGAUCCAGAUGGCCAGGGCAGAUUCAGUGUCUUCUGUGAUAUGACGUCAUCUGGUGGAGGUUGGACUGUGCUUCAAAGACGUCAAGAUGGAAGUGUAAACUUCUAUCGAGGUUGGAAAGACUAUAAACAAGGUUUUGGUGAUCUGAAAGGCGAAUUCUGGCUUGGAUUGGAUAAAAUAUACCGACUAACAUCAGCCAGGAGAAAUAAACUUCGUGUAGACCUGGGAGACUGGUCAGGAAACAAAGCAUAUGCUGAAUGUGAUUAUUUUGCUGUAAAGAAUGAAACACAUAAAUAUCAGUUGAGUCUUGGUGCAUAUUCUGGAACAGCUGGGGAUUCAUUAUCCAGACAUAAUGGCAUGGCGUUUACAACCAAAGAUUCAGAUAAUGAUAAAAAAAAUGGAGGAAACUGCGCCAUUCACCACAGUGGUGCUUGGUGGUAUAAUGCUUGUCAUGAAUCUAACCUGAAUGGACACUACUAUAGUGGAGCAUACAGCAGUUGGACUGGUGUGAAUUGGUAUUAUUGGAAAAAUAACUAUGAAUCCUUAAAGUUUACUGAGAUGAAAAUAAAACCAUGAAGAAUUUCCAAAGACUGCGAUGUUAUAAAUUUGAUCAUUAUUCCUAAUGAAACUUUCAACAUAUAAUAAAAACAUUUUAGCUUUUAUGUCUUCUAAAAAAACCUUUAUAGUCAUUAUCAUUUAAAAAAGCGUUGAAAAAUUGUUAAAAAUGCUGCGGUGAAAUAAUAUUUUCCCUAAAACUUAGAGCUGAUUUAGGUAAUUAUGUGAUUAUAAUGCUACGCAAUUCUUUAAUGAGAUGUUGCUCUAUAAGUAGCUAAUUCUAUCUUUUCGCCAAGUUUCACGCAAUCUUGGUGUAUCAUGCAUGUCAUGCAAUUAUCUUACAUCAUUAUUCACUAUGUAAACAAUGUCACUUUUGAUUGGUCAACUACCUGCAAAUAAUUCUACAUAUCUGUAGGUAAGACGUCUAUUUACAAAUAACAGUUUGUCAUUAAAAGCCGGUUUUGAAAAAAAUUCAAGUCAUCA